AUGGGAAGUGAUAGCGAGACAGAGAAAAGUGCCCAUAAAGAGAGAGAGAAGAAGAAGUUACUGGCUCUUGCACCCAUCGCUAAACCCCUCGCCGGCAAAAAACUCUGCAAACGCACCCUUAAACUUGUUCGCAGAGCUGCCGAGCAUAAAUGCUUGAAGAGAGGCGUCAAGGAGGUGGUCAAAAGUAUUCGCCGAGGAAACAAAGGAUUAUGUGUCAUAGCUGGGAACAUAUCACCAAUCGACGUUAUCACUCAUGUUCCCAUCUUAUGUGAAGAAUCUAACAUUCCUUAUAUCUAUGUUACCUCGAAAGAAGAUCUUGCUAAUGCAGGAGCCACCAAGAGACCAACUUGCUGUGUUCUUGUGCUAACCAAGCCCACCAAGGGAGAAAUUGCCCAGGAGGAACAAGAAAAGUUGAAGGGAGAUUACGAUCAGGUUUCAUCAGAAGUAUCUGAACUAGCUAAUUCUAUGUUUUAA